AUGAAGUUCAUUCUGAUCUUGGCUUGCCUUGUCCUGUAUUUGAGUCUCACUUAUGCCCAGGACAGUUGCAGGGGCAGUCCUCGCAACCAGACUUGUAUUGGCGGCAGGAAUGAAGGACAUCGAAAUGGACGUAAUUGCCGGAGAUCAGCCAUGAACGAAAUGUGGUACUUCAACAGGCGAACCAGGGACUGUCUAAAGAUGAGAUAUCACGGAUGUGGUGGCAACCAGAACCGCUACUGCUCCAAGAGAUCUUGCAGAAGGUCGUGUGGUUAA